AUGAACGCCUUCUUCGAGUUUAGUCAAUCGUAUCGUCAAAAUGAAAAGUCAUUAAAUCGAAUUAUUCAAGAAGAAAUAGGUCUCAAGUGGAGGUCAAUGAAUGUAAGGGACCGUGAGCCCUACGUUAACAGUUCAAUUCGCAAGAAAGAGCAAUUUAAGCGAGAGAAUCCAAACUUUAAAGAAAAGCGUAUUCGUUCAGUUAGAAGAAGGAAGUUUAAAUUCGUGAAUAAUUCUCCGGAAACAAUGCAGCAGGAACAAUUUUUUAAAAAAUACAUGAAUAAAUCACCGGAAAAAAUGCAAGAGAAAUAA